CCGUUUGUAACGUCAUGUCGUGUUUGUAAUUUUGAAAAUAUUUACUUGCAUUUCAUUAAAAAGUUCAUGAAAUCAGUUUGAAAAUUGGUGAAAGUGAUAAUAAUGGAUAAUUCGAUGAAUGAAACAGAGGCACAUCAAUCUUUUCGAUCUCCACCUCGCCGAAGACGGUCAACAUUCUUCGAACGAAGGGACUCAAUAGUCCCACACGCAAUGACUGACAAUGUAAACUCAAAUAAGAAAGAGGCUGACGCACAUGAAAGGCACUCUGAAGAUCUCACAAGAUAUUGUGAGAAACUCCUGGCUGAGAAAGAAAUGUGGAAGAAGGAGGUAAAUGAGAGGAGGAACAAGUACCAUGACCUGAGACAACAAUACCAGAUGGCUGUAAAAGCAUCUAGCAGAUCAAGAAUGUCUUAUUCAGCACUAUCCAAUGAAGAUAUAGAAUUCAUCAAAGGAAAACCAAACAUAUCCAAACUCAUUGACAGUCAACAGAAACUUCACAAAUCUGUACUCGAGACCCGAGCACUAUAUCAAAGGGCAAACGAACUUGAUAAUGUAAUAUUGACACAGAGUGAAAAUAUUGUCAGUAUGGUCACAGAUUACAUACUAGAAAACAGUACUGUUGGACCAACAGAGUGACCAUGACAUAAACCUCCUUGGUGUUUGUAAAUAAAAUAAAAAAUAUCUCUUGCAACUGGCUGAAAAGACUAUAAGUGCAAUCUCAGAAAAAAGGAUGCAUUGCAAAUGCAUUAGUGGUAAUCAGAAAAAGUACAUGAUUAUGUAAAUAGCUCUAUGUAAUAAAAUCUGAAAUAGGUAUCACAAAAUAUCCUUAUACAAAUAUUGUGCCAUAAAAGUAAGAGAUAUUAUUGUUAACUCUAUAAAUAUUAAUUGCAUAGUUGCCAAGUUUUAUGGUGGCAAUAUUUAAUCUGUAGGUUAGUGUAGCAACAAUCUGUUCUAUAUCAGCAGAUAUUAGUUGUAAAUAUAGUGUAAUCAUUAAUUAACUGUGUAAAUAUUUUUAUAAUAAAAAGACUAACAUGAA